GCCGCGGGGAAUAUUCUGACAGUUGUGUACGUAACUUUGUUGGAGAGUCCUGCCUUUCACUGCCUGGAUCCUCUUAACAGUGUGCCAAAGAAGGACUCCAUGAAAGAUGACAGAAGAAGUUAUUGUUAUUGCAAAGUGGGAUUACACUGCACAGCAGGACCAAGAACUUGACAUCAAGAAAAAUGAGCGUCUUUGGCUAUUAGAUGAUUCCAAGACAUGGUGGAGGGUAAGAAACGCGGCCAACAAAACGGGAUAUGUGCCAUCAAAUUAUGUGGAGCGAAAAAACAGCUUGAAGAAAGGUUCUCUGGUUAAAAAUCUAAAAGACACGUUGGGCUUAGGAAAAACAAAAAGAAAGACGAGCGCGCGAGACGCCUCGCCCACUCCCAGCACAGAUGCAGAGUACCCUUCCAAUGGCAGCAGUGCAGACCGCAUCUAUGAUCUCAACAUUCCUGCCUACGUCAAAUUUGCCUAUGUGGCGGAGAGAGAGGAUGAACUGUCCCUUGUCAAAGGGUCUCGGGUCAUUGUCAUGGAGAAAUGCAGCGAUGGCUGGUGGAGAGGGAGCUACAAUGGACAGAUUGGCUGGUUUCCUUCGAACUAUGUGGUGGAGGAAGUUGAGGAGGCCACAGCAGAUUCACCGAGCUUUCUGAGCUUGAGGAAAGGCGCUUCCAUGAGUAACGGCCAGGGCACCAAAGUACUCCACGUUGUUCAGACACUGUAUCCAUUCAGCUCCGUCACAGAAGAAGAGCUCAAUUUUGAAAAGGGGGAAACAAUGGAAGUCAUUGAAAAGCCAGAAAAUGACCCAGAAUGGUGGAAAUGUAAAAAUUCCAGAGGGCAAAUUGGUCUUGUUCCUAAAAACUAUGUAGUAAUCAUUAGCGAUGGUCCUACCAUUAACACUUCCCACCCACCUCAGAUAAGCUACACGGGACCAUCUUCUACCGGACGAUUUGCUGGAAGAGAGUGGUAUUAUGGGAAUGUUACCCGACAUCAAGCAGAAUGUGCCCUAAACGAGAGGGGAGUGGAAGGAGACUUCCUUGUUAGAGAUAGUGAAUCUUCGCCCAGUGACUUCUCAGUAUCUCUAAAGGCAUCGGGGAAGAACAAACAUUUCAAGGUGCAGCUCGUGGACAAUGUCUAUUGUAUUGGGCAGCGUCGCUUUAAUACUAUGGAUGAGUUGGUGGAACACUACAAAAAGGCUCCCAUCUUCACCAGUGAACACGGGGAAAAGCUAUAUCUUGUGAAAGCACUUCAGUGACGAUGAAGAUGGACUUGGCCACCCAGGCCUCUUCUAACUUCCAAGCCUUAGGUCCUAAAAUCACUUUUAUAGAGCAGAGCAAUAUCCGAAACAGGCUUAAAGAGUAGGCUCUUUCUAACGUGUUUGCUCUGUUGGUUGUUAUUUGUCCUUUUUCGUUUGCCUACUUUUGUGUUUCAGUUCUGUUAAUCUCAGAUCACCUCCCUUCAGGUUGAGAAGUUCACCUUUGUGGCCAUUGUAAGCACUCACUUCCAUGUCCGAGUUCUAAAUUCCCCUCUUCUGUGUACGUUUACAUACUUAGCUCGGAUAAAGGAGGGGGGUUUGCAAUUCAACCCAGUGUUAACCUGUUCAAAUUGCUCACGCAGACAGACAGAACUCUUCAUUAAGAGACAUCGGGCACAGUUUGAAUGCACUGAGGCUGCAGCUAAGUAAGUGAGAUAUAGUAGACAUAACAGUUGUGGCUGUGAGUUCUGUAGCUAUAUUGCUUACCAGGUAGUGUAUUACAAAAACUCCUAGUUCCUAGAAGCACUCUUUACACUGUACUCUGCUAUUACAUUGCCUCUCUGACUCUUUGCAAAGAGUACACUAAUUAAAGCGUUUUGUAAUAGUACUUCUUAAACUACUAUGGUAAGAUUGUAGUAAAAGAAAACUAUCUAGUGUAUUUUGGUCUGUAAUUGCAACAAAGAGAAAUUUUAUUUGAAAGUUGAUUACUAAAGAGAGAAUCACUGAAUUGUAAAGACUGAAUGUUCUGGUAAUCUACAACCAAAUGUGCCAUCCACAUAAUGCUUUUUUCCUCUUGCCCUUCUGCUUGUUUGAAUUAAACAAUUAUGUAUUUAAUUCUCAAAGUAAUAUGUAUCUGUAGCUGAUUGUUGACACUAAUACAGAAGAUUAAUAAAAACUGAUCAGGGGACAGGGUGGGGUGGGCUACCAACACUAUAUAUAUAUUUGCUUUACAGAAAGGAAUCUUCAGGUUUUACAGAGGAUGGUGUGAUUGGUAGGAAGAGACACACAGAAUGUUUAUGAAGAAAAUGCUUUUUUUCUCUUUUCUUUACAUUUAAACUCCUUUAUGGUUUAAAUAUACAGACUUUAGAUGGCACACUCCUGAGAUUGAAGAAGGGAUCUUGAGAUCUCAAAAUCUUGCGUACUCAGCUUUUUGGAUAUUGUAAUAAAAAAGGUAUUAUGUCA